ACCACUGCUCUAGUUUAUGGGGGUGUUACAAGACAUACAGAUGACAGGAUGCAUCCUCACCUGACUGGUUCCUUUAUGUCAUGUGGAUUCAGGAGGUUCAGCAGUAUGCAGAUGUUGGCUACAUGGAUAGAGAGCAGUUCAGGAAGAUAUUUGAUGAACUGGAUAAAGAUCGCAUUAAGGAGCACCCUCCUUUGCCCGGGUACAACUCUCCAGUCCUGCAGAGACUCCAGAAUAUCUUCAGUCACUACUAUCUCACUAUCCUCGGCAACGCGGUGGCUCUGGCCAAUGUCGUGUCCAUAUGUACCGUCCUGGUUCUGAACUCUGAUAAGUCUACAGCAGAAAGAGACAACUACAUCAUGGAGGUGAGCACAGCCUUGUGGCUAAUGUUAUUAUAAUGUCUUAUGGAUGUUCAUAUACACCAGGGGUGGGGAACCUUUUUCCUCUCGAGGGCCAUUU